UGGAGUCGAAAAUUUGUUGACAUUUAAAAACGUGAACCGGUUGAUUGUAUUCUAUUGUGGUUUGAGUUUUGUUAGUUAAUAUUGUGAGAAAUAGUUUUUUUUUUUUUUUGAAAAAUUACAUAUAACCUAUAUAACAUUCGAAAUUAUCGUUCAUUAAAUUAAUAAUAGAUCGAAUAUUACAAUAAUGGAUGUGAUUGUACUAAGUGAUUCUGAAGAAUCGGUUGUUGAUACCAUUGAAGUCAAAGAGGAUUUAAUCAUCAAAGAAGAUUUAAUCAUCAAUAAUGAUGAUGAUAGUUUUGAAUUUCCUGAGGUGAAUUUUCAUUAUAAAAAAAAUUCAGUAUUAACCUCUGAAAGUUCGCAAGACUCACUUGGAAGUUUAAAAUCAAAACAAUCAAAGAAGACAAAUGAUAAAAUAUCCGAAAAAGAGAAAAAGAAGGAAGAAAGAGAAAAAAAGAGAGAAGAAAGAGAGAGAAAAAAGGAGGAAUUAUCACUAGCAAAAGCUCAAAAGGCAGUGGUUAAUAAAAAUUUACAAAAUUUAAAACCCGAAGAAUCAAUGAAAUCAAUGAGAAUUAUUAUUGAUGGAAAUUUACAAAGUCAAACAUAUUUUAAUCAAUUAAUUGCCUCUUUACAAAAAUUUGAACUCACUUUUAAUAUUGAUACUGAAUUAAUUCCAUUUAGUAUUUCUUGGAAAAGAGAAAUAGAAGAACAUUAUGUUAAUUCAAAGAAUGAAGUUUCUUCACAAAAAAAUUUACAAGAUGAAAUACAUUUACUUUUAAUUUGGAAUUGUCAAGAUGUUAUAACAAAAAUAUCAAAUGGAACAUUUAUUGAAUCAAUUCGUGAAAUUGUUGAAUUAGUUCCAGAAAAACGAAUUACACUUUUUAUUUAUGGAAUGAAAAAUUAUUAUUCCUAUCAUAAAAAUGUUAAAAAUACGAAUAAUCGAGCUAAAGUUAUUUCAGAAUUGGGAGAAGAAGAAGAAAUGAUGAGACGUAAAAAUAAAAAUGAUAGAAUUUAUGGAUCAUUGGCAAAAAUUUCAAAAAAUGAUCUUGAAGUUAAUCUUUGUGAAAUACAAUUGUUAUACAAUUGUUCGAGUCGACUUAUUCAAACACAGGAAGAAUUAAAUUUAGCUCUAUUUCAAUUUACAAAAGCAAUUGCCGAAACGCCAUUUAAAUUGGAACAAACAAAGAAUUCAGAUUUUGUUGGUGGCGAUACACGUGGUGCAGUAACAGUUGAUAAAAAUGGAAUUGGAUUAAAAAGACUUUGGAAACAACAAUUGUGCCAAUUUGAAUUAUGUAAUUUGGAAACUGCUGAGGCGAUUUGUCAAAUUUAUGGAAGUCCUCUUCAAUUGAUGGAUGCUUAUUCAAAAUGUACACCGAUGGAAGGAGAAAUGCUCCUAAAAGACGUUCCGAUAAGAAGGGCAGCUGGACCUGUCACUACAUCUCGUAAAAUUGGACCAAAAAUAAGUAAAAGAAUUUUUACGAUGUUCACAACUGAGGAUGGUAAUCUUUUACUUGACAUGGGAGUGGAAAAUAAAAAGGACGAGCAUAACAAUGAUCUCGAACAAUGACAUCGACUUCGAGUUCAUAACAACCGGCAAGUUGAUGUAAAUAUGUUGUAAAUCGAUUUGGAUUAUCGUCAAUUAUAUCUCCCGUAGGACUAGGUAGUCCUGGACUU